AUGGACGUUAAUUCUUAUGUUAUUCAAUUAUCUCGUCUAGAUGUACCGUAUAGCUGUUCCUUCAGUGUAAGAGCAGAAUCAGGUUCCAACAUAAUUUUGGUUGUUCAACUGCCGUCAGAGGAAAUUUUAUUCGAGGCCUGUGCCUUGAGUGGUGAACAAUUAGUUGUUUAUGAGUUCGGGGAAACUUUCGGCGGCUACUAUGGACUGAUACCGAGAGCACUGAUCCAUCAACCCACUAAGAAUUACACUCAGUUUUACACGGUAAAAACAACUAGACCACCAACACUAAGAACUCGCAGACGUACAACAACUAGAGAGUUGAUUUUAACGCAAACAGAAACACAAAGUACGGUUCAAGAGGAGCAAUUUUAUACAAUAGAAGUACCCAUAGUGAAUGUCUCCGGAAACUUCCAAUUAGGGCCGCAGCGUGAAACGCAAGACUCUGACGAACUCUUCGAUUUCAUUUAUGACGUCACUCCUAGAAAAGGUACUGAUUAUGAAACAAGUAUAAUGCCGCUGGUACAGUUUUCAUUACGACCAUAUACUAACAGUUACGGUGGUCCUGAAGUCCGCUAUGAUCUCGACUACCGCGUCAGAGAAUUCACAUUGGAUCCUCGUGAAAAAGGGGCGUUGGUUGGUCAUGAGUCAUGGGAAAAUAUAGUUCAAGUUGCGCCAGUGAUGGCCGUUGUGUUAAAUAAAACCGAUAACAAUGACGUCAAAGAAAGGAAAAAGCGUCACAUACAAUCGCUGGAUGUAGAAGAUUCUAUGCCAAGGAACUUGACCAGGAAACCAAUGAUGAAGACCAAAGCGCCGGUCCUCGAUGACGUACAGGAACUCGUUAGGAUUGUUGAACUACAAGAUGACGAGAUAGGAAGUCGUGUAGUACUUCGUUACUUACGCCACUACGUAGGACCAUCGCUAUUCAAUUUAUGCGACUACCGCGAGUCUAACAAACGGCAGAUAUUUCUCUUCAAUUCUUCCAGAAUCGUUAUAUCGAUCAACAAUUUCACGCUAGAUCAAAUGAUGUUGGUUCUGACACCAGCUCAAACCCUCAUGAGUGGAGCGCCGCGGUGUCCUUCAGAUCAGCUCGAGUGUCAGAUAAUCGGCACUAGAGUAUGUAUCGACUCAUUGAAUAGUUGCGAUGGCGUCCCUAAUUGCGGUUCCAAUGAGAUUUACGAUGAAGAUCGUCUAACUUGCGGCACCUCACAUGGAGUUGAACAUAAUGUUUGUAUUGCUGCGUUCACCUUCCUCGCUGUUAUACUAACACUGUUGUAUAUAACCUCGUACUGGCUGAAGCGAUGCGUGCCUCGAGUAUCAGACGCUUUCUUUAUUUACACCGAGUCCUCUGAAAAUGAGCUUUUCUUAGAGUCGGUCAUGCGUUCUCCAAAUGACAAUGAUGAUGAUCCAUUCAAUAAACACGUGUAUCCAGGACAUUACUUUGAAGACGAUGUUUUUUAUGAAGAUAUUUUACAUGCAGAGAAAAAUAAAGGGAAUUUCUGUACGAGAGCAAUUAGGGCUUGUUUGAGGAUCCUGCAUUGUUGGGCAAAGUCACCUGAUAACAAAAUCGCUACCGAACAGUCUACGAAGAAAGAACCGGCGAAAUUGUUUUCGUUUACUCAAUUAGAACUACAGAAAAUCACAAAAUCGGCCGUCAAUGAAAAAGCCAUGCAAACGAGUGAUAAUGUUGAUAUGAAACAAUUAGAUGAAGAAAAAAUAAGUGAUCCGUACAGUUUCAAUUCAUGGUCGAAACUCAGAAAAGAUUCUAUGAGACACGACAGUGAAUUAAACUUAUUAAGAUUCUCAAAAGAAUCGAGAACAUUAUCACAAAACGAUUCGUUUUCUAUUGACAACGAAAAUGAUAAUAGGAAAGACGUUAAACAUAUAGAUGGGGAACUAGAGAUCAAAAAUACUAUUUACGAACUUCAUACACCUAGAGAAGGUAAGAAAAUACCAGUGACAUGUGAAGUACACGCAGAAAAUAAAGGAAUGACUGAAUCAAAACGUUUACGAUUUGAUGAACAACUUCAAUUGAUACCGAGGGUUGAAGACAAGGACUCCGUAGUGACCACUAGUACGCUACAAAAACUACACGAUGAAGAUUUAGAUAAAAUAGAAGAUGAAGAGAAUGAAAGCUUCGGGAGAGACUUCAUGCGUUUCUGGGGGGCGAAAGGUAAAAAGACCAGAAAGAAGAAACAUUUACCACUACGAAUAUGA